AUUCUUAUGUUAUUAAAGUUGCUGCAGUGUCGGCAUUUUUGACGUUUGUGUAUACCCCAUGAUCUCGGGUAACCCCAUCAGUGAGUAAAACAAUACAUUGUUUCAUGUAUUGUUAGCACAUAAUCUCCUCCCUUCACAAAUAGCAGUAACCAUAGCAGAAUCCCGGAUCAAUGAAGAGGCUUAGACCUACAACAUCUUUGGAUUAGAGUAAAGUAAACUUUGCUUUGAAAGAUGUCUGACUUGGAUCAACUGAAAACAAGAUGUUAGGCAUGAAUACAUUCACGUAGUUGCGGUCAUUGCGUUCAAAAUGGCUGCCUCGGGCAGCAGUCUCUCACAGUUUCCUGGGGUCCACCAUCAUCUUAAGGUGGAACAUCGUGACAGGGAUCAAGAUUCGCCAUCAAGCGUGAUGACGAACAGCUACAUGCACAGCACCAACUGCAUGGCAGACACGCCCUCGUCAGCGCUGGUAGAACCAGACCCUCACUCUCUCCUCAGCUCCUCCCUAACAGUACCUCAGUCCAGUCUGACAGUCAACGACCAUGACUCUACCAUCGACUCCCUCCAUGACGAUGGAAGCGACCUCCAUGGGGAUGAUUUCUCCCAGCAGCUGGGGGGAUGCGGAGACGAGUCUGACACCUUGGAUGCCCUGUCCAGUCUAGCCCUCCAGCAAUCCAGCCUCUUCCUGGUCAACCUACCCACCAGGGCCCAAGCACCACUGGGGUCACUGGGCGGGGCCACCACGUCCUUCAUGCCCCUGUUAGUGAUAGGAGGGGGCAUGCAGAAGGGCGGGGAGGGGGCCCAGUUUCUGAGGCUCAGGGACAUAGCCCAUGCCAACUUGAUCUGUGCAACUCAGGAGAGCAUUGCUAGGACCUACAAUGCACCCACACCAAAGCAAGUUGAAAAACGUGAGCACAAAUGUGAGCAGUGUGGCAGGAUCUUCAAGUCAUCCAGUCACUUCCGCUACCACAUGGAAACCCACAAGGGCAACAAGAUGCUCAAGUGUCCUGUCAACGGCUGCAACAGGAGCUUCUCCUGGCCUGCCAACCUCAAGUACCAUAUCAGGACACAUGCCAAUGACCGCCCUUACCCCUGUGGCAUCGAGGGUUGUGGGAAGACGUUCUUUACAGUCCAGGCAUUGAAUGUACACAGCAGGAUUCACACUGGGACCAAACCUUUCAAGUGCACUCACGAUGGCUGCGAUAAGAGCUUCACUACGCAGGGAAACCUCAAGAACCAUUUCAGGAUUCACACUGGAGAAAGACCAUUUGAUUGUGACUUUGAUGGAUGCACUCAGAGGUUUGCUGAGAUGUCCAGUUUAAAGAAGCAUAAACUCACUCAUACAGGUAAGAGUCGGCCAGGAAUGAAGUAUGGGUAUACAGUAUUGCUCGAAAUAAAGUAGACAGCGUAUCGCGCUGUAACGUGCGUGAGCAAAUUCAUGUGUAAACUGAUUGAGUAACGUUAUUAAGAUGGUCCAUGCGUUGGUGCAGGUGAUGUGUUGAUAUCACGUGGUAAUAUAUCGCUUUCCUCAGGAAAUGUACUCUUGUAAAACAUGAGAUUCUCAUAUGUUUAGUCUAUCUUCAAAACAUAAAUAAAAAUGUGUGCAUUGAUGUGAGUGAGUGAGAUGUACAGGUAUGAGCAUUUCUAUUUUUCUUUCUAUAUGUAAUGAAAUGAAAUCGCUGAUUGACUGACGUGAGUCUACAAGUUCGCACACAUUGUAAUUUGUAUACAAAGGUUGUUCACCCGACUAGAUAGCGCCACAGAAUGCACGUACGCACAACUUUCGACUAUGCAUGCACUUCUCAACUUUGCUGUGCGCAUCCCAUCUGCUGAUGAAGAACCGUUGUCUAAAUAUAAUUGCCAUACUGCUUUGCUCAUUCUGAAUUUGGAAAUACAAAUUAUUCAACAUAUUACCUUGUUGGAACCAUGGAUUUACAAAACCUGUGUUGAGGAUAUUAGGCAAUUUGAAUAUUUCACAAGUUAAUAGCAAAAAAGUUGCGUUUUUUGAAUUUGUUCUUAAUUCCCCCCUUUGCCUCUUUGGUAGCCAGAUUGGGUCAUGACCGAUCUAAUGGUGAGUAGGGAAAUAUAUUUUGAGGAUAUUAGGCAAUUCAAAUAUUUUCACUUUUUUUCACAAAAAUGCUGAACAAACCCCAUGCCAUUUUGGCAAAAAAGUGGAACACAAACCACCCGAUUGUAAACCUUUUACAUGUCUAGUUUGAGAGGCUAGACGUCCAUUUUUAAAACAACUACAACUCAAGUACGAUCUCGCUCUUUCUCUAAAUGGAAAUUUUCAGAUGACAAGUUACCUCUUCUCAUUUGCAAAAUAAUGUUUUGCCAGCUUAUGUUUCAGAAGCAAAUAGCUGCUUGUUUUCAGUUUUCAUUUAUUCUGCUGAUGAAUUAUAUGACCAAGUGGCAUGAAGUCUGAAUUGGCAGACUAUACAAGCCCUUUCCCCCUGGUUACAGCUGGGGGGGGGGGGGGGGCAGCAUGUCAUAUAUCUUAGAUAAAAUCUGUCAAAACCUGUCUGGGAAAUUUUAGUAACAGAAGAGAGAAAAAGAGAAAUGUAGGAGGACGGGAGUGGAGUACAGGUCAGUAUCCCACUGAUAAAAAUGUCUCCAGAGUAUUUAUUUAUAUUUUCACUCCUGUUUAGUGUUUUUAAAGUCCAAACUAAGCAAAUAACUCUUUGGUUUUAUUAUGACACCAAUCAUGAAUUAAAUUCCUCCGCACAUAAUUAUAAAAUCAUCAAUGUAUGCAAUAAAAAAGAUUCGAAAUGAAAAAGGGUGCUUUUAAGAGACUACCCCAUC